UUCGUAUUGGAAUUUCGAGAUUUAUACGAGUCAUCACUUAGCCGUUUGGAUUUUAUUAACGCGAGAAAAAAUAGGCGUAGAAUGUCGACGUCGCACCCGCUGUAUAGAGCCUUAUUUAUAACCCACUCACUGGUCCAAGGUCGUGUCAGAUUAUCCGCUGUGACCGAGUGAGAGAGACCGAACAAGAGAGAGAGGCAGAAGAAUUAAAGAAAAAAUAAACCAGAAGAAACACAGAGAGAAAGAAUAAAAUAAAAGAAAGGGGGAGAAAGACACACACCAAGAAAAGAAGAGAACAGUCCACCCGAAGCGAAGUCACCAUGGAUGCCGUUGUUGAUUCGGCGAAGCUCUUGUUCAACGAGUUCCUUCCGUAUUGGCGAAGGGCCGAGGGGGCGCUAGCAGUCGUCGGGUUCUGUUACGCUGGCUCAGUCGCUAUUAGCUUGCUAUGGCAGGUCACGAAUGGGGUCAGAGUUCAUUUCUGGUCGCGACUUUGGAAGAAAGACCUGGUGGGGAAGUACGGGAAAUGGGCAGUGGUCACGGGGUCCACCGACGGCAUCGGCAAAAGCUACGCCAAAGAACUUGCAAGUAAAGGCAUGAACGUGCUCCUGGUUUCCCGGACGAAGGCAAAGCUGGAGCGAGUUGCACAGGAGAUAAGUUCUAAAUACGGCGUCGAAACGGAUAUCGUUCAGGCUGACUUCUCGGAAGGUCGAUCAGUGUAUGGCAACAUUGCUGAGCAUCUGAAGGGAAAGGAUAUUGGGAUCCUUGUAAACAACGUGGGUAUGCUCGUUACCCCCCGACUCUUCCUUGACAUCCCAGAGGACGACAUCUGGGCAUAUGCCAGUGUCAAUGUGGCCUCCGUGCCCGCCAUG